UACUUUCAUUUCUUGCAUGACAUUAUUUUUACGUCUUGUGAAAAAAAGACAGUUAAUAAUCUUACUGUAAAGAAAAUUGAAUCGCGUAAAUGUUGCAUUGAGUCACAGGAUGUGUAGGUUAGAUAUGUUAUAUGAAAACUAGUAGAAAAAAUGGCGACUUUGCAGAUUUCUCCGGCAUCGAGGAGCGAACUGGCCAAGUUCCUGGCUGGGGAUAUUCUGAGGGACAAAUUCCACAACCUAUUUCAGUGGUGUGACGAAGAGAGCAUCAAGAACAAGAAACUGAAAAAUGAUAAGAGGAAAGGGAAAAAGAAAAGCAAACUCAAAUCAAAAGAAAAGAAAAACAAGCAAAGAGACAAGAGUCCCGAGUCGACAGAGAUCAGGCGGAUUAGUGUUGACCUCUAUGCCAACCCAUCCCUGUUCACUGUGUACGCAGCGGUCAGACAAACAGUGCUGGAACAGUGCAUGAAUGAGGCCACCCAUAUCUAUCACCAGAGUAUCUCCCCCACCACUGACUCAGACAGCGAUGAAGAUGGGGAGGAAAAGUCUAAAGAGCUGGCCAUUAAACUGCCAAAGAUUGUUGGUCUUGGCCUCUGUGGUGUGUUUGAGUUGAUUCGAGAGACCAGAAUCAAGUACCCAGAGCUGUGUGUGAAGGCCCUGCGAGCAUUGUUAGACCUGUUACAGGGCCAGUACCCCGAGAGCAUGAAGUCAGAACCAGUGGAUGUGGUCUCUGGGCUGUUUGAGCUGUUGAUGGAGCUGACCUGUGACCUUGGCCCUGACCCAGACCUGCCAUCCCUGGCCUGCUCCUCCCUGAUUAGUCUGGUGAUAGCCCUGGGGGACACUAGUAAAAUACUCACUGCUGUGUCAGCCAUACUGAUGAACCCUCGACCUCAUCUGUCUUACCACAUUGUGGUGCCCGGUAUCCUGACCCUGUUACAGAGGAGCGUACAGGCCGUACUCCUUGGUAAAUCAGCGCUGCCUGAUUGGUUCAGUCAGGGAAUCAAAGCAGCGGCCAGGAUCAACAAGUUCCAAGUGGAGGCUCUAGUGGGUCACCAUCACACCAAUGGUUUAAACAACAUUCCUAGUGCUGUAUCCUGUGAUGGCCAGUAUCUGUAUAUAUUAAACUCCAGUGGACUGUUCAAGGUCGGGUCUGGAUAUGGCUCAACCAUCAAGGGACAUGUGUAUCAACAGAGAGAAGAUUUUCCAGGAACUGCUAAUGUUUGGCUGGCUUAUGCAGGGGGAAAGCUGUUCUGUCGCUGUGAUGAUAAUGCCCAUCCCCAGUUGUGUGUGGUGGAUCCAAAAUCUUUAGAAGUUCUGUCUUCCUGCAAAAUGGAUGGGAAAAACAAUGGACCAAGUGCUCUCUUCAGUGAUGGAGAAUACAUUGGCCAGAUAGCUGCUGCAAAGGAUGAUUCAUUUGUGGUGAGAAUGUUUGACCCUAACAAGACUCCAAUGACUGUUGUGAAUGAGAUUCCACUAAAACUAACCAGAAAGUGUCUAGAAGUGCUGGGCCAGUCAGGCUAUGAUAAUGAAAUCAACCGACACCCCAUUGUAACCUCCAAUGAUGAAGAAUCGGCCUGUAUUACUGCUGGGAAAGAGUUUGCUCUGAUCAGAACUGUUGGUGGAAAGGUGAUCUACACUGGCAAGUCUCAGUGCCUGGGUAUCAAGCAAGGAGGCCCCGCCCAGGGGAAGUGGGCGGAGUUACCCAUCACUAAGUCCCCCAAGAUUACACAGGUGGUCACUGGACACGAGGGGCUUCAUGCUCUGAUGGUAGCGGAGGACGGGAGUGUGUUCUUUGUGGGGACGUCUCGGAGGGGAGAAGACGGGGACACCAGUGUCUCAAAAGCCAGGAGACAACCAAAAGCUGUCAAACCCAGAAAGAUGAUUCGGUUGGAAACAAGGCUUGUAGUGUAUGCAGCCUGUAACAAUGGAAGUAGUGCCGUAGUGACCAAGGAAGGACAACUCUUUAUUUUCGGGAAGGACACCACCUUCUGUGAUCAAAGCAGUGGUUUAGUUACAGACUUAAAGAAGCAUGAAGUAUCCCAGGUUGCCCUAGGCAAGGCCCAUGUGGUAGCGCUAAGCAGUAAGGGUCAGGUUUUUACCUUUGGGAUCAACAACAAAGGACAGUGUGGGAGGGAUUUCCCAUCAGCGGCCAGCAAAGAGGUGAUGAACAAUGUAACAAUGGCUGAUGAGGAGGAAGAGACGGAGGCUGAUGAGAACAUCUGUCCACCAGGGAAACACAAGUGGAAGCAUGACAUGUGUAUGCUGUGUUCUGUGUGUGGGAGGUGCACUGGUUACGGCGUAGACUGUGUCAACCAGGGUCAGGCGGACAGGAACCCAGGGACAGCCUGUGGGUGUGGGGCAGGGGACUCGGGGUGCUCGGAGUGUGGGGUGUGUCGGACCUGUGCAGCUGAGGCCCCAGACAUGGACGGGGAUGAUAUUGACAGACAAAUACUGGAGAAAAGUAAAGAACUACUCAGCAUUGAUCUCAUGCUAGGCAAAAAUGUUCCUGCUCAUUUAGAACAGUUCUUUAAGUCUCUGGAUUCCCCACAUCUGAGGAAGAAACUGAUGCACUUGAAAGGAAACAAAAGCAAGAAAGAUUUAACAGACCAAGAGACAGAUUACACCAAGACCAGCAGCCUCCCUCCCACAGAGCUGGAUGUGGGCGGGGCUGACAACCCAGCCAUCCAGAUAGCUUGUGGACAACACCAUACCGUGGUGCUGCUACAGAGUGGGGAGGUGUAUACAUUCGGCAGUAACCAGUACGGGCAGCUGGGUCAGGGAGAUACCGCCGUCAAGGGUUGCCCUGUGUUGGUGCCGCUUCCACACCCAGCUGUUCAGGUAGCUGCUGGUAGCCACCAUACUGUGGUGCUUCUGAACAAUGGACAGGUGUAUACAUUUGGAAACCACCAGAAACAUGCAUUAGGCAGAGCAGGACCAGAUGAAGCCGGAGCGAUGUCAAAGAAAGCUUUGUGGUAUGCUGUACCAGGCCCUGUGCCAAGCAUUGGGGCCCGGUAUGGAAGAAGAGCCACCUGGAUUGGAGCAAAUGGGGACCAGACAUUCCUGAGAAUUGAUGAGUCCCUCAUCAAUGCCCACAUCUUGGCAGCCUCCAAAGUGUUUGCCAACCAGAAAAGCAUAGGUCUGAUUCCUAUUGGAGAGGAGAACACUGCUCUGAUGAAAUGUCUGAUGAUCAGCAAGGUGGACGGGAGUUGUCGCAGUCUGGGGGGAGCGGAGCAGGAGGAUCUCUCUAAGCAUGCUGUUUGUCUGGAUCCAGUCUACGAUGUGUUAUGGAGCUACUUGCCCAGUAACCAUGAGGUGUCCUGCUACAACUGCUUGGCCUCAGAGUCUCGGGCUUUGACCUGUGACCUAUUUGAACCAGAGUUAGCAGUUCCAGUCAGAACUGGGUGCAGUACAACUAGAUCUCACUGUGCCCUUCAUAUGUUAGGGUGUUUGGAUGUCUUAACCAUGGCCCAACAGGCCAACUUGACAGUUGUGGAGGAAACCAAGGAGAAACAGGCCACCUCUAAAGUUUACACCAAAGAUGACUUCACCAUGGUCAACCGCUUCGAGAGUCAUGGAGGUGGAUGGGGUUACUCAGGACAUUCCAUAGAAGCCGUUCGCUUCAUGUCAGACACCGAUAUCCUUCUGGGAGGAUUCGGACUUUUCGGUGGAAGGGGAGAAUACUAUGGCAGGAUAAAGUUGUUUGACCUGGGCCCUGAUGGUGGGGAUAAUGAAGGAGAUGGAGAGCUGAUUGGGGAGACAGAUGAAGUGGCAUUUGAAUGUGGAGCCAGGGAGAAGUAUGCUAUGCUGUUUGAUGAGCCUAUCCCCAUCCAUGCUAACUCCUGGUAUGUGGCCUGGGCCAGAAUUUCUGGUCCCAGCUCGGACUGUGGGUCUACGGGACAGUCCGUGGUCACCACAGAUGAUCAAGUAAUCUUCAAGUUUAAAAGUUCCAAGAAAUCAAACAAUGGAACUGAUGUCAAUGCAGGGCAGAUCCCACAGCUUCUCUACAGACUUCCCUCUCGAGACAGUCCAGGGACCCCGAGGAAGGUGGACCACUCGGAGGCUGCCCACAUCCUGAGCUCUGAGUUCUCAUGCUCCGUCUCACCGGACAACUUUGAGGCUUUACAAAAACUAUUGGACUGGAGUUGGACUUCCUUUAACACUGCUGUGCUAGAGACAGAUGGAUUAAAGGGAAAUAACCUGGGAGCUGCACUGGCUGACAUCCAGAGACUCGUUUAUAUCACCAGGGCCUGUCUGAGGCUCAUCAAAACCUAUGUCACUCAGAUCUAUCCAAAUGGAGCAUCUAGUCAAAAAGCUAUCACAGAAACCAUGAAGUUGGCCGAGUGCAUUGGAAACACACAGGACCUGCUGAAGACGAUUCUGGCUGAUGAGGUCAAGGCUGCCUCCAAUGUCAAAAUGUUUCUGACAGAACCGGGCAAGCGGGAGGAGUUCCUGCCCCUGAAAGAGGAAAUUCUGAAGGAAUGUCACCAGACAUUUUGUGCUUGUUUCCAUGCUUUCUUCCCAACAGGAAACCUCAAGUGGCACUGUCUUUGUGAUCUCCUGAUACAGUUAGAGCCAGACAUGGUGAACGUGUCGGGCUACAGUCGUCUUCUAGCUGCAGUGAUGGAGGCCAUGUGUCACCCGACCAUUAAGCUGACCAGCAUCAUGCCCAUCAACUGUCAGCCCGCCACCGAGGAGUUCCUCCGUCGUCAGUCCGACAUCAUGGACGACAACACCAACAGUGUGGCCAGGAUGGGAGAGGUGCAUCGCUUCCCGAUCCUCGUCAGUCACAUGACGUCCCGCGUGGAGAAUUCUUCUAGGAUAUUUCUAGAUCUUCACGAAUAUGCUCUGGGACUUUUAACCAAUCAUGUGACUUUCCGUGAGAUCCUGGACAAGUUGCUGUCCAUUGUGACUCUUCCUGUCCGCGAGGCCCUUAGUAAGGAAACCUCCACCUACCCCGGCAUCCUAGUGGUCAAUACUUGUUCCCUGCUGGCCACCAUUAUCAGUGAACUGUCUGCCACUUCCACAGGGCUGGAGAUGGACCAUGGUACAGCCACACGCCCACUUUUGGUGACCCCUAAUCGCUUCACACGAACCAGUCAGCAUGCCAUGUGGAAUAGCGGGAAUGGAAGUCCGGAUGCCAUCACUUUCUCCGUGGAUAAGCCAGGAAUUCUGGUGGCAGGAGUGUGUGUGUAUGGCGGAGAUGGACAAUAUAAUUACGAGCUAGAACUCCUGGAUGAUCAAGGAGAUGGUAUCAACAACCCUUCCCCAUCACAGAGAUGGAACGUCAUAGAGUCUGUGAAGGGAGCCUACGGCCAUGAUGACUGUGUCAAUGACAUUGCAGAGAUCAAGUUUGAGAGACCCAUAGCUAUCAAGGAGGGAAUGAAGUACACAUUGCGCUUGAAGAACCAUGGCAGUAUGCGGACACUAAAUGGAGAUGGAGGAAUCGCUAAGGUCCGGUGUCCAGAUGGCACCAAUUUCUCCUUCCAGGCUUGCUCCCUCAGCACUAAUGGAACAAAUCACAUGCGGGGACAGAUUCCCCAGAUCCUAUAUUACAGUGCACCACAAGAAGGCGAGAAUUACCAUCAGAACAACAAAUCUCUAGCCGAGCUGCAAGCUCGCAAAAAUGCCAUUGACAUGGUCAGUGCAAUAUGUCGAGUGGCCACUGAUGUCCUGAGGAGGGCCCAGUAUGCUGCUGAGGGUACGGCAGUAGACGUCUUGGGAUCAUCAAACAUCUUUGCAUCUCUGCUGCCACUGAUUCUUGCUUACAUUGGACCUGUCGCCUCUCAGGAUCCUAGGGGAGCGGUACAGAUCCUGGGAAUUAUACAGGAGAUUCUCCCAGAGGUGGCCCAGCUGAACACCCUGUCCCCCCGCUAUAUCCCUGCCCCUGAUGUCAGCUCAGAGAACGGCACCACCUCCCAGCACUACGCCAUCAUCGAGAGUGACCACCCCUACAAACCAGCCUCCGUCUCCAACUACAAAGUAAUCUUCCCUGACACUGUGAAGUGGAUGGUCCUGGAGUUUGAUCCUCAGUGUGGUACAGCCCAGGUUGAGGACACCUUACAGCUGUAUAUCCCCAAUAUUGGGGAGUCCGACAUCUCCCCCACUGAUCCCUCAGAGGAAGGCAGCACCAGCACUCAGAACUACUGGCCGAUUUGGAAGAAGUUCCAUGGCUCCAGUAACUGGCCGAAGACUGCUAUUGUGAUUCCUGGAAAUGAAGUUGUCUUCUCCUUGGAGACAGCCUCGGACUAUGUGAAGGACGAAAAGUCCUGUUUCUAUGGAUUCAAGUGUGUAGUUGUAGGAUAUGAAUGGAAUUUCACACCUGAGGAGAGUAUUAUUCAGCUAGAGAGAGAGUUGUCUUACCUUGGAGGUAUGUGUGCGGCCUCCUUAAUCAAGAAAGAUGUGGCCCUGCCUCCAGUGACAGUUGAAGAAAUAGACGAGGACAUGGAAUACAUAGAAGAAGGCUCCCAGCUGAUAUUUGGAGCCCAUUCUGAGCUGCUGGGUAAGGGCUUUGCCCUGUCCCACCCUCCCACCAUCAUGCAGGCUCUGGAGGGGAACCUUCCAUUCUGCUGGCAGUCCAAUGAAAGGUCCUUCCUGAAGGACUUUGUGGCCUGUAACCCAGGAACCAGUGGAGGUCGCUUGGCCAGGUGGUUACAGCCAGACUCGUACCUGGACCCCAGUCAGUGUGAGUUGAUGUACAGUAAGGAAGACCUGCGCUGUGGCUGGCCCGCCCUCAUCACAGUCCUGACCAAGGACCAGUACGGACAGCUGGUCCACGUCCCCAAUCUCAAGGUCAAUGUGAAAGCUGUACCCAUAGAUCAGGGUGUUUCGGGAGAUGAGCGCAGACUCAGGAGGCUAAGUAGACCUGAUGAGGGAGACAAGAUCUUUGGGGGGCACCCUCCCCCUCCCCAGGAUAUUCCUUAUGAGGCCACAGUCCGAGAAAAGAAGGACAUCUUUCAUGCCAUCAGCAUGAUGAAGGCCUAUGAGAACUACUCAUUUGAGGAGCUGAGGUUCGCGGCCCCGGCAGUGCCCCGCCCCAGUGAGAACAUGCUGGUGCGGUGUAACAGUGACGGGACGUACGUGGCCAACUGGACCCCCAGUAACAUCGGCCUCUACAACAUCCAUGUGAACAUUGACGAUUUUGAUACAGGUGAGGUUUACAAGUUGGAGGUAAAGGACCCCCCUCAAGGAGUGACUCCCCCCACUCAGACCGAGAAAAAACCCCACCAACCCAAUAAGAUGAGAAAGUUUGCAGCUAAGUUCAGUGCUGGUCUCCGAAUUCGUGUGAACCCUUCCCUUCAGAGCGAGUACAUAGGUGUUAUUCUGCCAGAAGGCAUUAUUUCCUUUGUUGACGAGAUUCACAAUGAUGAUGGGGUAUGGCUGCGUCUCAGUCAGGCCUCCAUCAACGAGUGGUGCAAGGAGGGGCACGUGGAGGGAUGGGCUCUACAGUACAACCAACACCUGGGGAAAACCCUGCUGGUCCCCGUAGAGGAGCCCAAGCCACUGAUGGAGGAGAUCAUCAAGGAAACCAUCAGGAAAAACCUCCAUGAUGUGGUCAAACCCGAGGUCACUCCAAAGAGAGGACCAGGAGAGUACCAGGUUGUGAAAUGUGGGCCUUCAGGACACAACAUCAGAUGUAGGCCUCAUCUUAAAGCCACUCCUAUUGGGAUGCUCAUUCAUGGAGAAAAGAUCACAGUUAUAGAAGACGUGACGAAUGAAGAUGGGCGUUGGGUGAGACUUGACCCAGAUAUUGUGGAGCAGUACUGUCAGAACAAACAGGGUGAGGCUUGGGUACUAGUGUCAGGCCGGGACAGCACCGUCUACCUCAAGCAUGAGUCAGAUCUGGUGGAUGUGGCCUCCAGCAAACAGAGCGACCCGUUUGCCUUCAAUUCUCUGCCACCAGCUUUCAGUAAAGGAUUUGAUUUUUCAUCCCAGGCAUCAUUUGUGUUUGGCAGUCCGCCUUCUGGGCCAUUUGGAAGAAGUGCAAGUCUACCCGGGAAUUCUUUCAAUCCCUUGUUUUCAAGAUCAGUCAUUCCUAGUUUUGGAAAUCCCAGCAUUCCACAGUUUGGCGGGGGCUUUGGAUCAAGUUUUGAGAGCACCCCUAUGCAUAGAGACCUCAGUAAAGUCUCCACCAUGCCAGGCAAUCUCUCGGCCUCCCCUGGGUUUCUGUCUCCCUCCAGAAUGGACAUUUCUGCCCAGACAGCAUCGCCAGCCUCCACUACUAGGUCCCCAGCUUCUGGGUCCCCCAAGUCAUCACGAAGGGAAGUGACCCACCCCCUCCCUGCGGAACUACAGGGUGUGUCUGUGAAGGAGUUGGUCAAAGCUUUAGGGGAAAGCAGAGCCAAUGGCAAUGGACCGACCCCUGUACCCUCCCCACCAGGUACCCCCAAGAAAUCAGGGUCACGAAGUUCUAGUCCUCACCUAGCCAUUACAGAAAAACAAGGUUCACCCAGAACGGGCUCUCCUGUGGGUAGAUUGAGCCCCCGACAAACCCGGGCGGUCAGCUUGACUGACUCCCCUUCCUACAACUCCAUCAAGGACGAUCUGUUUUCCACGCCCCCUGACAGCCCCAUCAACGCAACCUCUAAGAGAAUGACGCUAAAGAAGGACAUCUCCGGCGACAGACCCACCCACUCCCCACCCACUUCUCCGUCGAUCAAACAUAAACAGAUGGAUGUUAACAAGAUUGUCCCACCUUCUGGGCAGGGUAUUUUAAGUCCAGCGAGAAGAGAUAGUUUCGGUGGGGCUGUAUCACCAGUCAGAAGUACUAGUCCACAAAGAAGAGCAUCUAGUCCACUACUCAGCAGUCAGUCGAGAGCAUCACCGGUCAAUGCUGGUUCCAGGGCUUCACCCCUCAGUGCUAACGCCAGAUCCUCACCAGUCAACGCUGGGGCAAGGGCCUCCCCAGGAACGGGGGGCUCUCCCAUCCCAGCCUUUAGUAUUGGUUCCUCCUCUCCCAAAGAAGAGUCCAGGAUGUCUCCUAAGUCCAUGAGGAAAGACAGAGGAAGAACUUUAAGGUCAAAAAGGUCAGAUUCACCAUCCUCUAGAGAAAGCAUUCCAAUAAUUCGAAGUCGCUCUGCUUCGACAUCUGUGAUCUACGACAAGAAAGAACCUGUCAAAGAGGCCUUGUCCCCGUCUGUAGCAGAAUGUCUGAGGGCGGUAUUCGCUGCUUUCUUGUGGCAUGAGGGAAUUGUUCAUGAUGCUAUGGCAUGUGCCUCAUUCCUGAAAUUUCAUCCAGACCUGCAGAAGGAGAUGUCUAAGUUUGCCAACAGAGCCAAACCAGAAAAGGUUCGAGUCAGGCAUGCUACAGACUCCAGUAAAGAUAUUAACAGGAAGAAGGAGAAUAUCAAUAUAAAUGAGUCAAGGGUCAGAUUCAAGCUGGAACCAAGAUUUGUGAGAAGUGAUUCAGAAAAGUCGGAUAAAUCAGACAAGUCUGACAAAGACGAACAGGUCAAAGGGGCAGAGAAGGUCGAGAUUCAGAGAACCAUGUCCGAUGGACGGAAGAUCAUUGAAGCACGACAGAAGAAGGUGAUGAGGCACAAGUCGGAUGGUAAUGUUGGACCUUUCAAGGAAGGCAUUGAGGCUGAUAAAGACUCGCCCCUGCCACCUACUCUGCAUCAUCUUGUGUACUUCUGGGAAGAAAUGUCUUCUGGUGUUCUAAAAGUGAUAGAUCAAAAACAAGUUAAUCCUAGUCCUGCUGUAAUGCUCAAGGCCAAAAAGAGUGAAAAGAGAGAGAAAGAAAAAGAGAAAGACAAGAAAGUUAGUCGUAAGAAGAAGGAUGAGAUAAAACAUAUAUGGCGGGGAAAUGCCAUGGGAGACAUGAUGAUUGGUGCGCUGGGAGGAAGAGAUGGACCAGACAGAGGGGAGACUCAGUGUGAGUUGUGUGGGGGCAUGUUCCCUCAUCCCGUCACCUACCACAUGAGACAGGCCCACCCUGGCUGUGGGCGACAUGCUGGGGGUAAGGGCUACAACAGCAGUGGGAUCUUCUGUGGGGGCUGGGCAGGAAACUGUGGGGAGGGGGGACUAGGAGGAAGCAGUUGGUACCUCAUCUGUGAGAAGUGUAGAGAGAAGUGCUUAAAAGAAAAAAGACACUCACAAAGAGAAAAAGAUAAAGCUAAGAAACAGAAGAAAAAGUCUUCACAAAUCCGCCAGCAGGCUGUCUUGUAUACUCAGGAGUCACAUGCUGUGCUGAAGAGUAACGCUAUGUUCCUAUUGGAUCUUGCCAGUGCAUCUGGAUUGACUCUUCCCACACAGUCCAAGAAGAUUCCUCAGAGAAACUCAGAUCUUUUACUGCCCAGUGUCAGUGAGGAGUACGGAAUGGAGCUGAAUCCUUUCCCACCCGUACCUUUCCAGUUUCUUGUGCUACAAGGUGGUCAAAAUGCAGAUUCUGCCUUUGCAGAGGAAGUGUACAUUGAUGCCGAUGAGAGGGUGUUUGUUAGAUCAGGCUCCAUGAGCAUCAAGGAGCGCCACCCUUCCUACAGACCCCGUCUACCAACUGAACCCAGGCACAGUCCACUAGCAAGGUCAGGGUCACUGGGGCAGGACUCAAGGUCACAUAUAUCUUCCCACAUCUCACCACCUAGUCCAAGGGAUUUUAAUGUUGAGAAUGCCAACCAUGAAACCAAACAGAUCCCCAAGAGCGCUGGAACAAGCCCUGACUCCAGUGAUGAGCUGUUUGGGAAGAGUCGUCCCUUCCAAAGGAGUCUGUCGGAGAUCGGGACAGAGGACAACAAAGACCAAGAUAACGACAAAAAGCUAGUGUCUGGUCGCCGCAGAAAUAACAGUGGAGGGGUAGGAGAUGGUGGAAUGUCUCUGCUGAAGCACCCGUCUGCUGCCAUGGAGAAGCUGCUACACACGGUGGAUAGACGGUGUCCUGAGGACGAUGAGCGGGCUCUCCAGCGGCCGGUCAUGUCCUUCAUCAUACAGAGGCAUGAUCUUGAAGGUCUACAGCUUGCCAUGAAGCAGGCCCUCAGGAAAGCCGCCUGUAGGGUGUUCGCAAUGCAGGCUUUGAACUGGCUGUUGAGGAGCAUCACUCAGACUGUGUGUCUCCACGACCUGCUGUGGUUCUUUGUGUCCUCACUGAUGCCCUCUGGAGGAGAAGAAGAGGAGCAGGAAGAGGAGGAGGAGGACAAAGACAAGGAGAAGAAGAAGAAGGAGGCCCCCAAAAAGGACCAUGAGGACGUUCCACUGUGUGACCACCCCCUCUCUGACAUCACCAUCGCCGGCUCUGCUGUGGACCCCCUCCCUGAGGUGUUUCACACUCUUCUGCAGACCAUAGCAGACGCCAUGAUGUUUCUGCCAUGGGGCUCUGCUUUACAGCAAAUGGCAGUUCGUUGCUGGUGUUUGAAGUUCCAGUCGUCAGAUCACCAGUUCCUACAUGAGUGUCAUGUGUUCAGUAACAUCAGUCGAAUCCUCAGUAAGUCAGAGGAAGAGAGAGAAGAGAAUGGCACUGAACAUUCCCAGUCGUCUGUCAAGUUAUCUCAGCUGAAAGAUCUCACCCCAUCCUCCGAUAUUUCUGUCUCGAGCCGCCAGGCCAUGAUAGCGAGUCUGACGGACAAUUCUACAGAGACGUUCUGGGAGAGUGGGGAUGAGGACAGAAAUAGAUCCAAGUUUCUGACCAUUAAAUGCCAUGUCAAAGCUUCUGCCAGGAUACUCUAUGUCCAUAUCGACAAUGCCAGGGACUUGGGGAGCAAAGUAGGAAGUGUUAGCUUUUCGGUUGGACCAUCACAAGAUGAGUUAACAAAAGUUCAUCAGGUGGAUGUGGAGGCUCGUUACGUGGGGUGGUUGUCCUGUCAAUUUUCUCACCCACACAUUCGCGUCAUACAGCUGGAGAUGAAGGGGCCAGACCACAGCCUUAGGGUCAGGCAGAUCAAGAUCCUGGGGGAGAUGGAGGGCCAAGAGAUCUGUGUCCCAGUCAAAAAGUCUGCGGUGGAUAUGCAGCAGGAGAACUGUGAAUCAGAGACCCUCAGGGUCUUCAGAAUGCUUACCUCACAGGUGUUCGGAAAGCUGAUCACGCCGGACGGGGUGGCAGGGAAGAUGAAGUUUGUGGAGGGAGCGGGAUUAGACAGCCUUGACGGGGACCACGACCUAAAGGAACACAUGGUGGGGAUACUGUUCAGUCGCAGCAAGCUCUCUCACCUCCAGAGACAGGUAUGUUCCCACAUUGUACAAGGCAUCAGGAAGGAGUCCACCAAGAUCAGAGAGGAGUGGGAAGCUAGCUUGAUCAACCCCAACCAUAUAACACAAACCAGUGAUCAGGAUGUGUACUGCUUUGAGCUGCUGUCAAUGGUGCUGGCCCUCAGUGGUUCCAGUGUGGGUCGGGCCUACCUGGCUCAACAGUACCCCCUGCUACAGGACCUAUUCAGCUUGCUGCAUACAGGCACACCCAGGGUCCAGAGACAGGUAAUUUCGGUUCUACGGCGAGUUCUCCAAGACGUGAAACCUCAGACCCUCUCUAACAUCCUGUCCGUGCCUGCUCUGCCUCCUGUUGAGUACAGCAUUGUGAGUCUGGCCAGUCGGGACGAGACUGCCUCCUUUGAUCCUGAACAGCCUGGUCUUCUGGACGUUUUGCUAUCAUGCAUCAGCAAGGCCCUCACAGUACAGACCAAGAUUAAGAUCAGCGGACCACAGAAAGCAAUGACUGCUGUCAAACUAGAGGACUUCCUUGGAUCUACAGCUUCAAAAUCUCGCUGGUGGCUGAGAGGAAAAAUUAAUGAAAGUUUAGCAAACAAUGUCAUCACACUUAUACAAGACAUGGCCUCGGGUCAGUUGUCGGAGACAUGGGCACCUGUCACCAAGGCAGCCAUUGCUGAAGCUAUUCUGAAUCUCACCAAGUUGGGGGAGAAAUACAGAGAUCCUCAAGUUUGCCUCAAGACCCCAACUCUGUGGUUGUGUCUGGCCUCCCUCUGUGUUCUGGACAAGGAUCAUGUGGAAAGACUGACGUCUGGUCAGUGGGUCAGCGGUCCGAACGGUCAGCACGGACAGCCAAGGCCGACCUGUGAUAACCAUGACGACGGGGAGACCCAGGCCAUCAUUCUGUGCAGUGACUGCGGGAACCUGUGUGCCGACUGUGACCGAUUUCUCCACUUGCCCAGGAACAAACGCUCCCACCAGAGACAGGUGUUUAAGGAGGAGGAAGAGGCCAUCAAGGUGGACCUACAUGAGGGCUGUGGCCGGACCAAGCUCUUCUGGGUGAUGGCUCUGGCCGACUCCAAGGCUCUCAAAGCCAUGGUUGAGUUCAGAGAAGGGAAAUCUACAGCCGCUACCUCAGGCCCUGGCAGGUGUCGCUUCUGUGGAACCACAGGAAAGACUGGCGUGCUAGCCAUCGGCAAUGUUUGCUCGGAUCCAGAUUGUCAGGAGCAUGCCCAGAAUGCCUGUCAGAAAGUCCUUGCUUGUGGACACCAGUGUGGGGGGAUUGUUAAUGAAGAGGAGUGUCUGCCCUGUCUCCACAACUGCCCGCCGUACCAGGGCAAACUAAAACAGGACGCUGAUGACAUGUGUAUGAUCUGCUUCACCGAGGCUCUCUCUGCAGCCCCUGCUAUCCAGCUACAUUGUAAGCAUGUUUUCCACCUUCACUGCUCCAGAAAUAUAUUGGAGAAAGGAUGGGUGGGUCCAAGAAUCACAUUUGGAUUUUCACUUUGUCCAAUAUGCAAGAACCCAAUAGACCACUCUGUGCUGAAGGAACUGCUGAAGCCGAUCCGUGACCUGUUCAGUGAUGUGAAGCGGAAGGCUCUGAUGAGACUGGAGUACGAGGGACUACACAAGGCCGAGGCCAUCACCACCCCCGGGGCUCGCUUCUACAAGGACCCUGCUGGGUUUGCCAUGGACAGAUAUGCCUACUAUGUCUGCUACAAAUGCAAAAAGGCUUAUAAUGGAGGUGAGGCCCGCUGUGAUGACCAGAUAGGGGUGGCUGAGGACUAUGACCCCCGGGAGCUGGUGUGUGGGGGGUGCUCUGACGUCUCUAGGGCCCAGAUGUGUCCAAAGCAUGGGACGGAUUUCCUGGAAUACAAGUGUCGCUACUGUUGCUCUGUCGCUGUCUUUUUCUGCUUCGGUACCACCCACUUCUGUAACGCCUGCCAUGAUGACUUCCAGAGAGUCACAUCUAUAGCCAAGACUGAGCUGCCCCACUGUCCGGCCGGACCCAGGGGGAAACAGCUUGAGGGUGAGGAGUGUCCACUUCAUGUCCAGCAUCCACCCACAGGGGAGGAGUUUGCUUUGGGGUGUGGAGUCUGCAGAAACGCCCACACCUUCUGAGUGCUAGUCAGGGACUUCCAAGGGUAAUGUAGUGUGUGCGUCACACAACCUGUGUCGGUAGAACAAGGAUUUAAUUGACCAUACAUGACCAACUUUUAUCAAAGAAAACUGUCUUCUGUGUAUCCUAUAUGUACUUCCACUUCAAUGUGAUAAAUUUUAAGGAGGUUUUAUAAAAAUAUAUCUGAUGUGUCCAAGAUCUUAAAUUGCUCUUACGUUUUGUGCCAAAAAUAAAAAAAAAAAUCAAUGAUUUAAUAAAGUUAUAUAAAAUUUAAAAAAGAAGGUAUUAAUAGUCAUUUAAUACAGUGCUUUGAAAUACUAUUGUUGUAGUUUAUAUUUGACAACCAAAUGCAUUAAUCAUUGAUUAUUGAUUUAAUCAUUGAUACAAGUGAAAUUGAGAGGUCUGAGGAAUACUGAGUAGUAUAUCUCAGUCAUGUUAUUAAAGGAAUGAUUUUUCCUAAAAAAGCUACCUGUGUUUUGUGCUGACAAUAGCUCUCUGUGUGUAAUGUUUGAAAUGUAUUUUGUAUUCAAUUAUUGUUUGAUGCAUAUUGUAUCAGCCUUUUAAUUUUUUCCGUGUUUCCAUUUAAUAUAUUUUUAAAUGUGCUACAUUUUUUGGAAGUGCAAUGCAAUUGUAUAUUUAUGUAUUGAACCGUGUUUUGUUCCAACCUGAGAAAUAUGAGAAGAGUCUUGGCCGAGCAAGAUAGACUAUUGAUUGCUUAAAGGUUUAUAAUGGAAUGCACCAUUCAUGUAAUAAUGAACUACAUUAUGAGGUGUACCUCCACUGCAGUGUCAUUUGACUGUGAUUUUGAUUAAAUAUAAAAAGGCACUCUGUUC